AGACGUUUCAUUUUCCGUGGUGUUUGUUUCUAUCUUCAUUCUGGUGUUGAAGCUUUAGCAACGGAAUCAGGUUAAGGUGCCAACAAAAUGAAAAGCAACUUCAUGAUCGUCUAUCUCCUCUUCGUGUGCCACCCGGUUUUCGUGGAGAUACGACAGGUAACCGGUAUCGACGCGCACAAAAAUGUCGUUCAAUUACCGUCUUCGUUGGAGGAACUGGCGCAGAGCCAACACUUGGCUGCCCACACAGACCUGGUUUCAUUUCCGCUUGGCUCUGAAAUGGACCCAAAUGCAAGAACCGCAGUCCGAGCGGAACACGUAGCCUUACCAGAAGACGAUACAAAAGCAUCUGCAGCCCCUGCUCACCAUCACGGCCCAGAAGGGAGCUACAAGGUCCUCCAUCGGCGCACCCCGACGGCAGUGAUUCGACCUGGUAGUAAAAACAUCGCGCCAACUGUGCCCCACGCACGGCACGCACAUGUCGCGAAGACGAAAACAGCCCAAGCACUGGCGAGUCUGGAGGAGAAAAGCGAGCUGCAGGAUCGGUUGCAGCAGGAGCUGGCCCAGCGUGUCCAGGCACAAGUCCAACAGCUCGAUCCGGAUGAUCCGGCUAAGGCGUUGGCGCCGCUUUCCAAGGCAAACCCGAGCGCAGACAACAAACCGGUUGACUUCACGAAGAUUCCGGCGAUGGGCGCCAGCUUAGCCCUGAGCCUGGAACGAACCGACGGGAAGGCCAUCCAUCCGAACGAGGUGGGGCGCGGCGUCGCUGCGGCCGUCCGCGACUCCCUGGCCAACGAGUUGAAGGUGUGCCGGCCGGCCGUGCGGGUUACCAAGGUUUUGCUCUUCCCGCAGGACCUGCGGGCGCGACGGGAGCAGGGCGGCGUGGUGGUUCAGGAACCUCCCACAGGGAAGAGCGAGGGAGCGGCGGAGAACAAGAAUUCCACCCUCGAGGAUCUUUCAAGCGCAUCAAUAGCAUCAUCUUCUGACGCAGCUGGUGUAGCAGGCGAUGACUCUGGGAAGAACAAAGAAGCCACUGCAAAGGGCUCCCCUUACAAGCCACUUCCUCGCGUUCAUACCGGAGUCGAAGCGCAGACCGUACCGCGGCCAGAGACCACAAGAAUGUCCAGCAACGCAGUAGAUGUUGUUGGCGAGACCUCCGCGUCGCCCGGGCACGGCGACGGUAGUGCCUCGGAGUUAAGCAAAGGCAUUCUUGACUUUGACAAUCGUGUGUACACAAACGCCGGAGUAGUUGUGAAAGAGACAGAACACCAAGCAGGAAGUUCAGCGGAAAAUACUAGAUCUACUGUGGAUUCUGGAACGCUAAAGGACCACAAAGCGAAGCAUAAGCUAAAAGCGAAGGGUUCUUCAGCCAGUAAGUCUGGACAAGCUCCUCUAACUCCUGCAAGUGCGAGCAACGCCUCUGCAGCAUCUCUAGGCUUGAUGCGUUCGAAUCGAGUAAACGGAACAGAGUUCUCAAAGUCCGCAAUCCUUUCUUCCUUCCUCCAGCUGCACGAGCAAGUGACCUCGGAACUGCUGUAUGCGAAACCGUUUCGCCGGUUUUCGGCGCACAGCAUCGCGAUCGCAGCAGACGGUGAUACAGGCUCGGCAACAUUAGCAAACCACCAGCACCAGAAUGCGCCGCGACCACCUGUUUCGAUGAAUGGCGAUCGCAAUACGGAGAUAUCAGCGACUUCGAAUCUCCAGAAAAUAGAAAUUGCUGCAUCAGGAGGAGGAGCUACAACAGCAUCACGACACGGAGGAGCUGCUGCCCAUUUACUGUAUCAAAGCGGAGCUGGUCGACAAAAGGAGUUGCUUGCCGCGCGAGAAGAACAGCUAACUCGGAAUAAAGCCAGAUUGCUUGGGCGAGAAUCUUCCUCCGUCUAUCGUGGGCACCACCUGCUACCCCCGUUUUCUGGCAGUUCGCAGUGGAACGCGAAUCUGGACAAUACGAGCCCUGUGCAAGUCGAGAUCCAAUCGGAGCAUGGCUCGUCGACGCUAAGCAGUUCUUCUUCGUCUAUCACUGCUGGCAAUAGACCGGAAACCGCAGCCGGACUGGUUCCGGCAGGACUAGUGGACAUGAAAAACGUGGAGUACAGAACGCUCGAAUCCAUCGCCAAACUGUUCGAGCUCCCCGUCAGCCCGCAGGCGCCGUCCCAACAAGAAGUUUAUGCGGUGCUGGACCUGGAAGUCCUGAAUCUCGAUGGUAAGUACCUGAGACAUUGAGUUUUUGCGCUGACCGUAGGCAUUUUUUGUAAAACGUUUUCUGCCACCAGUUUCAGUCUUCUUUACAUCAGCCCUAUCAUGUGCGGCAAAUUGAUGAAAUUCGUCAGGUAGCGAGCAGACCACACUGGCCAUCCGGGACGCGUUGUUGAACCUGCAGAAGUCUACGUCCCUCGGCAUGCUGGACUACGGUUUCCGCGUGUCCCUCGGCGAGGCUUUUCUCGGCGAGCUAUCCGGCAUGCUGCUGGGUUUCACGGACAUGGACCUAACGGUGCACUUCGCGGAGCAUUUGAACCCCGACGUGUACAAUGCCUGCCUGGAGGAGGAGCUGUACUGGCAGGAGAAGAUCAGCCACCAGUGGAAGGUGCUUUUCUUCGGGAUUUUGCUUGGCGUCAUUUUCCUGAUCUCCGUCACGCUCAACUACUGCGUGUUCCCUUCCUACGCCUCCCUGCGGCACCAGGAGCUCCUGUCUUCGGAACUCCCCCCGGUGCCCUUCGAUGAGAUGCUCUCCUCGGUCGACGGGGAUGAUUUGUACAUGUUCGAUGACUAUCAAAUGUAAAAAUGUCUGGGUCUGGAAGAAUGCAUGUUUGUCAUGCUUGUCUGGCAUGACUCUUAAGUCUGUCAUGCACGUUACCCAGGAGCUCUGUUUUUCUGUGAUGCAGAAACGCAGUUUGUCAUGCAGAAUAGGCAACACCUAGAGGCUCAGAAACUUGUCAUGCUGAGCCAGCAUCUGUGGCCUCAUCAUGAGAGUUACCCAGCAUCACAAGUUUCCAGACCCAGACAUUUUUACAUUUGAUAAUGACCUGGAUGACGACGAGGAACGCUUCGGCAUGCUGGGCACGAACGCGAUAGGUCAGGAAAACACGCUGUACGGCUGGAACAACGGUGGAAAUACGGUCGGGAACAACAGCGCCAGCAACCUACCGGAAGGUGAACAGCAGCAAGACGACGACGACCUGUACUAUUUCACGGACGACGAUUUCGCGCCCGGGGACGAAAGGGACGAGUUUUUGGAACAGCAAGUAGGGGCACUACUGCAGUAUAGUAAUCAAAACGAAGGUGGGACUACUGUCCUUGCACACGACCAGCAGCCGCAGAGUACUAACCAAUCUUCGGGUUAUUUGGAACAGAUGUACUCCUCGUUGAUUCAGCCGUUGAUCAACACCACAAGGUCGGCGACGUCGAGCAGCAGCGGAGGACCCACGCCGAGAAGUAGGGUUGUUACCGGUGACGUGCUGAACAACACAGCUACUUCGUCGAACAACUCCGUGGGCCAGAACCGCGGGUUUUCCUCCCGAGAGCGAGCGGCUACUGCUCGCUUGCACGUGGUUCGCAACGGUACUACUAGUGGCACAACUGCCGCAGGCUCCCGUGCUGCAGACGAUCUAGGGAUCGCGGUGAGCAGAAGUGUUGACAGGCAGCCAGCGGUGGUCUCGGUCCGCGACUGGAUUGACGAGGACGAAGAGAAGCCUGAGGAGGGGAAUCAUCCUACCUCUGACAGCGCGGAUGAACUCAGCACCACCACGACCGCAAUGUUAUUGACAGCGUCGUCGUCGUCGACCUCGUCGUCGUCGCAAAACCAAAUCAAUCUGAACCCAGAUACGGGCGGAGGCGGAGUUCCAGCGGGAACGACAACAACAUCGUCCAGCAUCGCUGCCUCCUCGGACGAACAGGGGGAAGAUGUGUCGACCGCACCGCCGACUGAAAAUGAACAAGAGAUGGAACCAAAUAAACCCGAUCCAGCGUCGCGGAAAGGUUGAUUCCCUGUCGACAAAAAUGUAUGUAAGUAAGUACCUCAAAUAAUGUAUGAAGUCAAUGAUUCGCAUUCGUAGAUUUCCUUUUCAACAAGAGAAUUCGUGUAUUGUAAAAUUUUUUGCUGUAUUGAUAUGUGUAUGUUGUAGCUCCAGUUUCAACGCACCAGUUUUGAAGUCAGAAAUAGAAGAGAUUUGUAUCAAAACGAAAUUCUUUUGCACUAUGUAUAAUCUUGCAUUCCAAGCAAUACCAACAACCAAGUACAAGUUUUCUCCACAACAACUCACAACGGCCGCAAACCAAAGCAGAAGCCUUGAUGAAUCGUGAAAAUAAAGCUUCCCUUCCGAGGCACUGUGUGAGUUCGUAU